AUGGCUACCCUUUACUCAACUCACUGUCGUUCAUUCCCAUCCUCUUCCUCCACCUCUUUCCCUCCUUCUAACCGCUUUCUCCCCGCCACUCUUUCUCUCAAAUCUCAACCCCAUUUUCUUCAACACCUUUCAGUUCAUACCCAACAACAUGACGGUGCAGCUGUUGUAUCUCCGGUUGAAAACAACCAUAGUGGCAAGCUAUUGAGACCGGAGAUAUUGCCGGUUAUAUCGUCCAAGGAGUCUGGAGUUGAGGUUGAUUUUGAAAAGGAUGGAAAUGAGGUUACGGUUAGUAUAACGGUUGUUGGAGCUUCUGGAGACCUUGCUAAGAAGAAGAUUUUUCCGGCACUCUUUGCGCUUUACUACGAGGGGUUUCUGCCUAAGCACUUCACUGUUUGCGGUUAUGCUCGAAGUAAGAUGACUGAUGUAGAAUUGAGAAAUAUGGUUAGCAAGACUCUUACUUGUAGAAUUGAUCAAAGAGAGAACUGCAAUGAAAAAAUGGAACAAUUUCUUAAAAGAUGUUUCUAUCAUUCGGGUCAAUAUGAUUCUCAGGAAAAUUUUGCAGCACUAGACAAGAAGCUGAAGGAACAUGAGGGUGGGAGAGCUUCUAAUCGCCUGUUUUAUCUUUCAAUUCCUCCUAAUAUAUUCGUAGAUGCUGUAAAAUGCGCAAGCUUGUCAGCUUCUUCGGGUAAUGGUGGUUGGACAAGAGUCAUUGUUGAAAAGCCUUUUGGCCGUGAUUCAGAAUCCUCAGCCGCUUUAACAAAAUCGCUCAAGCAGUAUCUGACCGAGGAUCAAAUUUUCAGGAUUGAUCACUAUCUUGGGAAAGAGCUUGUGGAAAAUCUUUCUGUUCUCCGAUUCUCCAAUCUAAUUUUCGAACCAUUAUGGUCAAGGCAAUACAUAAGAAAUGUACAAUUGAUAUUCUCAGAAGAUUUUGGUACUGAAGGACGUGGCGGGUACUUCGACAAUUACGGUAUAAUUAGAGAUAUUAUGCAGAAUCAUCUACUUCAAAUACUAGCCCUCUUUGCAAUGGAAACCCCUGUUAGCUUGGAUGCCGAGGACAUUAGAAAUGAAAAGGUCAAGGUUCUUCGUUCGAUGAGACCCAUUAAACUCGAGGAUGUAGUUUUAGGCCAAUAUAAGAACCACACAAGAGGAGGUGUUGCAUAUCCAGCCUAUGUUGACGACAAAACUGUACCAAAGGGCAGUUUAACACCAACAUUUGCCGCAGCUGCCCUCUUCAUAGAUAACGCAAGAUGGGACGGGGUUCCUUUUCUGAUGAAGGCCGGGAAAGCGCUGCAUAACAAGAGAGCUGAGAUAAGAGUACAGUUCAGGCACGUGCCGGGCAAUCUAUAUAAUCGAAAUUUCGGGGCAGAUCUUGAUCGGGCUACAAACGAACUUGUUAUAAGAGUUCAGCCUGAUGAAGCUAUCUAUUUGAAAAUCAACAACAAAGUACCCGGGCUAGGAAUGAAGUUGGACCGCAGUAAUUUGAAUCUUCACUACGCAGCAAGGUACUCGAAGGAAAUACCAGACGCUUAUGAGAGGCUACUUCUCGACGCAAUUGAAGGAGAAAGAAGACUCUUUAUACGCAGCGAUGAACUUGACGCAGCUUGGUCACUCUUUACGCCUGUGCUGAACGAGAUAGAAGAUAAAAAGAUAACUCCAGAAUACUAUCCUUACGGUAGUCGUGGUCCUGUUUGCGCUCACUAUCUUGCAGCCAGGUACAACGUACGAUGGGGCGAUCUUGGUUUAGAUGUAGAACCAUAA